AUGGCGCCAUUGAAGUUGAAGCUCAAGAUAGGAGGCACUGGCGGAUCGUCAAACAACAGUGGCGAAACUGCGUCCAAGAGUUCCAAGGCGCCGACUAAGCUCCCCAAAAUCAAAUUGAAUGUUCCAAAACCACCCAAGGUCACAAAUCCAAAUAAAAUUCAGAAGUUAAAAAUCAGUCUUGGGCCCAAGAAAACUCAUCAACUCGAUGCCAUCGGCAUUGAAGGGGUCACACUGCAAGUGAAACGAGUUCCAAAAGUCAGAAUUAAACCAACCCGGGUUCCCGGUGAAGGAUAUGAUAGUGAGACACCUGAUAUGGAAGAUGAUCCAUUGAUUGAGAACGGGAUAAUAAUAAGGUUCUUGAACGAUAUCAAUUUGGACCAUGUUCACAACGCUGUUGGAGCAAAUGACUUUAGUGGAAUCAAUGUCAAAUGGUUGACCAAAGAAAAGGCAUUGGUAAAUGUAAAAGGUAGCAUAUACUCUGCUCGGUUGGUGGACUUACCAACUAUAAGUGAAGUGUUCAAGACAAUCGAUAAGAAGAAUAUCUUCAAGAUUCUAGACUUGUGCCAAAUGCUAUUGGUGAUCAAACCUGUUACCCCCAAUGACUUGAAUCUCGAAACCGACUUUGAAGUCCCUAGUAAAAGUCACUAUAAGCACCCAUUGUACAAUAUAUCACCGGGCCAUGAGAUCAAAGAGACAAGACCAGUAUUGAGAGAUGGGCUCACCCAGCCUUUCGAAGAUGUGUACCGCAGAUUCAGACCGCGGAAGAUCAAUCACCGGGUCAUGAAUGAUAUAGAAGCCAAG